GUACCAAGGUGUUGGUCCUACCAACAGGCUCAGUCGGCACUAACAACCACAUCGUCAGCAUUGUCGAUAUCGUCAAGCCGAAGAUAUGGCAGCUUGUAGAUGACACCAACAUUUUGAAAAUGUGGAUACAGUUUCUUAUACCAAGAAUCGAAGAUGGAAACAACUUUGGUGUCUCCAUACAGGAAGAUGCCUUGACAGAAAUUAGAGCGGUGGAGGGUGAGGCGGCAGCAUUCUUUGACCAGAUAUCCCGGUACUUCCUGACGCGGGGCAAGAUUAUUGCCAAGGUGGCCAAGUAUCCACAUGUGGAGGACUUUAGACGCACCGUGCAAGAAUUGGAUGAGAAGCAGUACGUGAGCCUGCGCCUGGUUCUUUGUGAACUCAAGAACCACUAUGCGACUCUCCACGACUUGAUCACUAAGAACUUGGAAAAGAUCAAGAGGCCACGAAGCAGCAAUGCUGAAAACAUGUACUAGCUUUUACAUUAUUAAUAAAGGCAAAAACCGGUA